GUGGGUGUAGGCUUCCUCACGUGAGGAGGGAUCCUUUGGAGAGGGAUUCCGGUCGUAUUUGCUUUCUUUGAGCAUUUCUUCAGUAAGACAUUUAAAAAUGUCAUCCAAACAAGAAAUAAUGAGUGACCAGCGGUUUAGGCGGGUUGCAAAGGACCCGAGAUUUUGGGAAAUGCCAGAAAAGGAUCGAAAAGUCAAAAUUGACAAGAGAUUUCGAGCCAUGUUUCAUGACAAAAAGUUCAAGUUGAACUAUGCUGUGGAUAAAAGAGGGCGCCCCAUCAACCAUAGCACUACAGAGGACUUGAAACGUUUUUAUGACCUUUCAGAUUCUGAUUCUGAUCUCUCCAAUGAAGAUAGCAAAGAAUUUAAUCAAAAGAGAAUAAAGAAGAAAAAACCCCAGAUUAAAAAAGAAACAGGCUCAAAAAAUCUGGUUGAGGAGAAAAAGAAAGAAACCAAAAAAGUUAACCAAAAAGAUUCUGAAAAUAAAAAUGAUUUAGAUAAUUCUGAAAGAAUUCAGAAAAUGAAAAACUCAUGUAAAUUUAACACAGAUUCAAGUAUAAGUCAAAAGAGCGACAGCGAAGAAUUUACCCAAAAAAGCACAAGAGAGAAAAAAAACAUUGUUCAACAUAAUACGGACUCUUUUCCCAAAGGAAAACUGAGAACAGUAGACUCCAGCACCUCUGAAAUUGUGAAAUCUCCCAAGAUCAAGUGUUCUAAGAUAAGGAGAGAAAUGCAAUCAGUAGCUCCACACAUAAUGGCAAGAGACAGUGACGGUUAUGAAAACUCAAUGGACAGUAAAAUGUUUGACAAAGAUGCUCCGGAGGAAGAUUCAGAAAGUGUUAGUGAAAUAGGAAGUGAUGAGGAAUCUGAAAAUGAAAUUACAGGUGUUGGCAAAGCUUCAGUUGAUGAUAAUGGAAAUGAAGAUGAUGAAGAUGAGGAGGAGGAUGAAGAUGAGGAUAGUGAGGAGGAUGAUGAAAGUGACAGUGGCCCUGAUCUUGCAAGGGGUAAAGGAAAUAUAGAAACUAGUUCUGAAGAUGAAGACGAUAUGGCAGAUUUGUUUCCAGAAGAAUCUGGUUUUGAGCAUGCUUGGAGAGAAUUAGAUAAAGAUGCUCCCCGGGCUGAUGAGAUUACACGUCGAUUAGCAGUUUGUAACAUGGACUGGGAUAGGUUAAAGGCAAAAGAUUUGCUGGCUCUGUUCAAUUCAUUUAAACCCAAAGNUGAUCUUAUUUUUUGUGUUUAGAUAUAUCCUUCAGAGUUUGGAAAGGAGAGGAUGAAGGAAGAACAAGUUCAAGGACCAGUAGAGUUAUCAAAUAUUCCUGAAGAUGCCCCUGAAAAGGACUGGGCCUCUAGAGAAAAAUUGAGAGAUUAUCAGUUCAAACGACUGAAAUACUAUUAUGCAGUAGUAGACUGUGAUUCUCCUGAAACAGCCAGUAAAAUUUAUGAGGAUUGUGAUGGCCUGGAAUUUGAAAGUAGUUGUUCCUUCAUAGAUCUAAGGUUUAUACCAGAUAAUAUUACUUUUGAUGAUGAGCCCAAAGAUGUAGCCUCAGAAGUGGAUCUAACAACAUAUAAACCAAAAUAUUUCACAUCUGCUGCAAUGGGAACGUCAACGGUGGAGAUCACUUGGGAUGAGACUGAUCAUGAAAGAAUUACAACACUCAACAGGAAGUUUAAAAAGGAAGAGCUUUUGGAUAUGGAUUUUCAAGCCUACUUAGCUUCUUCUAGCGAAGAUGAAGAGGAGAUAGAAGAGGAGCUACAAGGUGGUGAUGGAGUCAAUGUAGAAGAAGAUGGGAAAACAAAGAAAAGUCAGAAGGCUGAUGAAGAACAAAUUGCUAAAUAUAGGCAGCUCUUGCAGGUUAUUCAAGAAAAAGAAAAGAAAGGCAAAGAAAAUGAUAUGGAAAUGGAAAUUAAGUGGGUUCCAGGUCUUAAAGAAAGUGCAGAAGAAAUGGUCAAAAACAAAUUGGAAGGAAAGGAUAAACUGACCCCUUGGGAACAAUUUUUAGAGAAGAAGAAAGAGAAAAAAAGACUGAAAAAGAAACAGAAGGCUCUUGCUGAAGAGGCCAGUGAAGAUGAACUUCCCUCCGAUGUUGAUUUGAAUGACCCAUACUUUGCAGAAGAAGUUAAAAAAAUAGGUAAGCCAACCCAUUUUGGUAGUUUUCAAUGGAAUCUGAAGAAAAAGGCUGAAAUGGCUUUGCUGGUGAUGGAUGAGGAGGAGGACAGCAAGAAACACUUCAAUUACAACAAGAUUGUUGAGCACCAGAAUCUGAGCAAAAAGAAGAAAAAACAACUCAUGAAAAAGAAGGAAUUAUUAAAGGAUGACUUUGAGGUAACCAGAGACACAAGUCAUUAA